UCCAACCGGGUUACAUAUUUAAUUCUGAAUCUGACGAGAUUACUUUGAAAGUUGAGGAAUUUGAUGAAAUUGUCUUGAAAGAGGUGGAAAAAGAAGCUAAAUCUGCUCUUAUUAAUAGCGAAGAUGGCAAAAAAUUUAACCUAAAAAAUCCUUCUUUGCUGCUUCGAGAUUUUCCCCAACGCUCGCUUGAUGAGGAGGAAGCUGCCGAAAUUAAUUCUUUGCUAAUUAAUAAAAUAAACCAAAAAAAAAUUAUCCAAGAAAUACGAAAAAAAGAUAAAGUGCUUGCCGAGAAAAAACACGCUCUUAUUGAUGGACUUUUAAAUCCGGAAAGUCCAAAUUAUAAGGACAUUUGA